AUGCUCAUAGCGACACAGAACUGUUGCAUUUACACGUUGGACGCCUACACAGGGGAUGUGCUUUACUCGUACAGCUUCCUCUACGAGAGCAGCUCUCCGCGCGCCUCGCCCGUUGUACCUUCCUACCCGAUUUAUUCGUUCGACUCGAAUUAUGUGCUCUCCGGCGGAAGAGAUGGGAACCUCCACGUCUGGGACAUAAAGGGAAACCCCGUGUGCAAAAAAAAAAUUGACAACCACGUUUUGUUUGUAAAAUGGGUGUACAACCGAGCAGCGUUUGUAACGACUAGCAAUUACCUCCUAAUCUGGCAGAUACCGAAAGACAAUUAG